AAAAAGGCCUCACAACGCCCCGUGGGAGCUGGGUGCCCGAAAACCUCUGUCCGCUGCUGCCCUCACUACCAUUCUCGGGACCCUCAUCAUGAAAGGUCUUCUGCUGCUCACCCUGUCUGCUCUGCUCUGCCGGGUCUCAGCUGACAUUCGCUGUCACUCCUGCUACAAAGUCCCUGUGCUGGGCUGCGUGGACCGGCAGUCCUGUCGCCUGGAACCGGGACAACAGUGCCUGACAACAAAUGUGUACCUCGGUAAGAUGUGGGUUUUCUCCAACCUUCGAUGUGGCACACCAGAAGAGCCUUGUCGGGAGACCUUCAACCAAACCAACCACAAGCUGGGUCUGAUCUAUAAUACCACGUGUUGCAGCAAGGACAACUGCAAUAGCCCAGCCCCUCGGCCCACCCCAGCCCUGUCCCUUGUCCUCCUCACCUCUUUGGCUGGCCUUGGCCUCUGGCUGCUGCACUAAGACUCACUCCCUGGCUGCCCCUCCUCGGCUAGCUUGAGCUUAGCCGAGUCUCCCUGUCCCCGGGUUCCCCAUACUCAUCUCUCCUUAACUCCCUUUGCUCAGAAAAGCAUUUCUCCAGGCUCUUCACAUUUCUUUAAUUAAACAGUGGGCUCCUCACCCAUCCUUCCAGCUUCCAUACUCCACUCAGCUUUUCCUGAAUCCCUUCCCAUAUCCCUCCAGACCAUUCCAGAUCUCCCACUGGUCGCCAAAAGAGCUCCUUGCUUUGCCUCCUACACUCCACCAUGCCGACUAGGGGAGGGAUGGGGAUCUGGGCCUGAAAUGGGGCUUCUGUCCUGUCCCCCGCAAAGGCUCCCAGGAAGGACCCGAUGACCUCACUGUAUGGGGUUGAUUCCCUAAACCCUGGUCCCUGUACGUAUCUCAUCCUCAUGCUCACCUCUUUCCAUUUUGAGUAAUAAAUGUCUGUGUCUGAUAAA